AUGGAGGAGAAGAGAGGGCCAUGGGGAGAGGGGGCGGCGGCGCCAGUGCUGGACAGCGGAGGCUGCGGCGGGAGGGGGGAGAAGAUGGGCGUAGACGAGGUCCUGCGGCUGCACGCAGGGGAAUUCGGGCGGUGGCAGCUGAAGCAUUUCGUGCUGACCAGCACGGCUUGGGCGCUGGAGGCCUUCCACACCAUGGUCAUGAUUUUCGCGGACAGAGAGCCCGCCUGGCGCUGCAUCGCUGGAGCAGGCGGCGCCUCCUGCCGAGCGGCAUCAGCAGGCGGCGCCGCCGCCGCCGGCCUGUGCGGGCUGCCCGCGGGGUCGUGGGAGUUGGGAGUGGGUCGGGGGUCCGGCGGGGUCGACGGUGGCCGAGUGGGGCCUAGUUUGCGGAGCCAAGUACAAGGUAGGGCUCGCCCAGUCUUCCUUCUUCGCCGGCUGCAUGGUCGGUAAGUCACCCCUCAUCUCUCUCUCUCUCUCUCUCUCUCUCUCUCUCUCUCUCUCUCUCUCUCUCUCUCUCUCUCUCUCUCUCUCUCUCUCUCUCUCUCCCUCUCUCUCUUUCACUCUUUCCCUCUCUCUCUCUCUCUUUAGUGGUCUCUUCUGCAACAAGAGUAUGACCACCCAUUUCUCAGUUCCCGACCACACGUCCGCCCAUUGCUGAUGGAUCAAAGGCCUACUUCCACCGCCUUAAAACUCGACGCUCCCCUGCUCUUUCUACCGUCGAUGUGGUUAAAUAAAGUAUUGACUUUAUCGAUCCAAGGUCUCUAUUUAUUUCGUUAAAAUAAUCGAGUUUUUGAAUCCGUAGAUCUUACUGUCUUCGUGCUCCUUUAAAGAUUACAGCUUUUUGGCACGCAAGUUUAUGGCUUAAGGUUUCGGAUUUCUGAUAUAAAAAAAAAAAGAAUGCAGUGCUUCGGAUCCUUCCUGAUCAAGUGCCGGAGUUUCCGGAGCACUGCAUUUUCUGGAAGAGAUCAACAAAUUUCUAUGACGAUUUACUGCUAUGUUCACAUUUCACCGAAGAUUAGAGCUUUUUUUUUUUUAAGCACCAAAGUUCAUGGCUUAGGGUUCGGAUUUCUGAGCAGGUGCUGGAGUAUUUGGCCACCUCUCGGACUCCUUCAUGGGGAGGAAGGGGGCGUUGACCGUCGUCUGCGCCCUCAACGCCGUCUUCGGCCUCCUGACGGCGCUCUCGCCGUCCUUCUGGGUCUACGCCGUCCUCCGGGUGCUCACCGGCUUCAGCACCGGCGGCAUCGGGCUCUGCGCCUUCGUCCUCGCCACCGAGCCCGUGGGCCCAUCGAAGCGUGGGGUCGCCGGAAUGUCGACCUUCUACUUCUUCUCCGGCGGGAUCGCCGCCCUCUCUGGGGCCGCCUUCCUCUUCCGGUCAUGGCGGGUCCUCUACGUAGUCACCUCCCUCCCCUCCGUCGUCUUCCUCCUCACGGUGCUCCCCUUUAUCUCGGAGUCCCCGAGGUGGUACCUCAUCCGGCGGAGGAUCACGGAGGCGAUGGACGUCCUGCGGGAGAUCGCGCAGAGCAACGGCAACGGGGACCUCGUCGGAGGGAUCGCCCUCACCGUCGACGGCGACUCCACCGCCGAGGAGGAGGACGCCGUCUCCGGCACGCUCGUCGACGUCGUCCGCUCGCCGGUGUCGAGAAUCCGGCUGGUUCUCGCCGUCUUGAUCACCCUCCUCUGCGCGGUGAUAUACUACGGGCUCAGCCUCAACGUCGUCAACCUCAGGACCAGCCUCUACCUCAGCGUCUUCCUCAACGCCGUCGCGGAGAUGCCGGCUUUCCUGCUCACGGCGGCGCUUCUGGACCGGUUCGGCCGGAGGCCGCUGGCGGUCGCCACAAUGUGGCUCAGCGGCGCGUUCUGCCUCGCCGGCGCCGCCGUGGGCGGCGGCACCACCGGCGCUUGGGAGAUGCUGCGUCUCGCCUGCGGGGUGAUGGGGAUCUUCGGCAUGGCGGCGACUUACAACCUGCUCUUUAUCUACACGGCGGAGCUAUUCCCCACGGUGGUGAGGAACGCGGCGCUGGGCUGCACCACGCAGGCGUCGCAUCUGGGGGCGAUACUGGCGCCGCUGGUGGUGGUGCUCGGAGAGAAGGUGCCCUUCGCCGUGUUCGGGGCCUGCGGCGUCGCCGGCGGCUUGGUGGCGCUGUACUUGCCGGAGACGAUGAACAAGCCCCUAUACGACACCUUGGGGGGCAUGGAGGAGGGAGAGAGCAACGGCAAGGGCAGGAUCAAGGUAUAA